AUGAAAUGCGAUAAUUGUCAAGCUGAAUGUAAAGUUUAUGAAAUCGGAUACGACGAAAAAAAUAAUCCUAUUGUUUCCGCCACUCGCAAACAAAUCCCCCUUACUUUAAGUUGGGGAAUUACCAUCCACAAAAGCCAAGGACAAAGCAUCGAAAGAUUAAAAGUUGAUUUGGGUGGUUGUUUUGCCGCAGGACAAGUUUAUGUUGCCUUAUCUCAUGCCACUAACCCUAAUUAUUUACAAAUCAUUGAUUUUCCUUAUUCUCGCUUAUUUUGUCGAACCAAACAAACACAAAGAAGAAAAUUAAACAUGACAAAAGAUUACGAGGAAAUUAUUAAUGAUUUAGAAACUCAAACUGACGAACUUAAAAACGGCACUACUACUAUCAAACGCAGUCAUCCUAAAAUUAAGAGCGAUAUAGAAAAAAUAAGGCAACUUCUUAACGCUAUUAAUGCCAAGUGUGAGAAACUACAAACCACAGUAGGAGAAUUAAAAGCCGAUAUGGCAGAAAUUCAAACCAAUUAUGAGGAUUUACAAACUCAAAUAGUUGAAGUAGGAAAAUUAGCCCUCGCCCAACAAUCCAUCUUUCCUUCGUAA